GGAAAGCCCUUGCGAGUAAAUUUGCUUGGAAUAAUGAAUAUGAAAUGAUCGUCUUCCCAUAUUAUUCAUAUCGAGAAAUUGAUUGGAUCGGUCUUCAGUGGUUUUUUGUAUGACAAUUGGGAGGAGACAGCCAUGUCGAAUUUGCAGAGUAGGUUCAAUCAGAAGAUCGACUACGUGUUCAAGGUGGUGUUGAUCGGAGACUCGGCGGUGGGUAAGUCUCAGCUCUUGGCUCGCUUUGCUCGUAAUGAGUUCAGCUUGGAGUCCAAAGCUACCAUCGGGGUUGAGUUUCAGACCAAGACCCUUCUCAUCGACCACAAAACCAUCAAGGCCCAGAUUUGGGAUACUGCUGGCCAAGAAAGAUACAGGGCUGUGACAAGUGCAUACUAUAGGGGGUCAGUGGGGGCUAUGCUGGUCUAUGAUAUCACCAAGCCUCAGUCAUUUGAACAUGUAACAAGGUGGUUAGAGGAAUUGAGGGGGCAUGCUGACAGUAAUAUUGUUGUUAUGCUGGUUGGUAACAAAUCUGACCUGGGCACACUGCGAGCUGUACCAUCUGAGGAUGCAAAAGAGUUUUCCCAGAGAGAGAACCUCUUCUUUAUGGAGGCAUCAGCUCUCGAAUCUACUAAUGUUGAAUCUGCGUUCAUAACAGUCCUAACGGAAAUUUAUCGAAUAGUUGGCAAGAAAGCCCUCAUUGCUAAUGAUGAAGCAGAGUCUGGAGGGAACUCCUCACUUCUCAAAGGAACUCAAAUUAUUGUCCCUGGACAGGAUCCCGUCCCUGAAGCAAAAUCUGGUUGUUGCUUCUCUUCAUAGGAUUGUCGGUUGUUAAGCUACUGUAACGUGGGUUUCUGCUGUUUACAGAUCAAGGGACAUUUGUAAUACAGCUUGGGAUAGGGCAAGUAAAUCAGAAUCCCCUCUUGUAAACUUGGUAGUUGAUCAGCAUAGAAAUGGGGGUUCAAACAUACUUUGAUGUGAUGAUAUUGACAUGUACUUGACUGUAGUUGUUCACUUGUUCGUAACCGUCAUACCUUGUUUACCUGUAGUUAAUUUGUCAGACAUUUUCCCGAUUAUAGCACCAUUAUGUAGCUGGGAUCCUGAAGAUUUCUUUCAACUACACAUAAGUAGAUACUCAUCUAAAAACAUGAAACCAAACCAAAAGAAAAGGGCCAUGGAGAAAAUGAGCUUGAGUUUGGUGGUGGAAAAUUAAUGUAUUGUGUUUGCAGGUUGGUUAUGGUUUUGGUAUAUGAGCUUAUUUCAUUGUAAUUGAUACAAGAUUUUAUGUUGCUGUUCAAUGAGCUAGUAAGUCGGGGUUCUUACUUACAAAGUCGUAAACUUUGUAAGGAUGAUUGGGCUAAGAGAUGAUGGAUUGUUUGCGGUUA